UGGAGAACGGCAAAACCUCGAGGAGAGCAUCGUCCCCAGGUCAAAUCCCAGAGUCUGCAGAGAGGGGACACACAUCGGAACCGCCGCGACCCGAAGUUCGCUGCUCUCUGGGCUCCAUCAUGAAGUUGCUCUGCGUCGUGGUCGUCGGACUCGUCCUCCCGGUCAUCAGGGCUCAGGUUCCCCACUGGGGCCCGUGUCCGGACCCGGCAGUUCAGCCUGCCUUCAGCCUCAAACAGUUCAUGGGGAGAUGGUUUGAAAUUGCCAAACUGCCGGCCCAGUUCGAGAAGGGCCGCUGCAUCGAGACCAACUUCACCCUGGCGACGGACAGAUCGGUGCGGGUGGUCAGCUCCGAGAUCCUAAAAGGAGAGCUGAGGAAAAUCGAAGGCACCGGCGUCGUGGAGGACAUGAAGAAUCCGGCCAAGCUGGGAAUCAGUUACUCCUACGUCCUCCCUUACUCCCCGUACUGGAUCCUGUCCACGGACUACGUCAACACGGCCCUGGUGUACUCCUGCACGGACAUCCUGCGGCUCUUCCACGUGGACUUCGCCUGGAUUCUGGCCCGGACCCGCACCCUGCCGGACGCCACCCUGGAGAAGGCCAGGCAGGUCUUCGCCGAUAACAACAUCGACGUGAGCAGGAUGAUUCCCAGCAGGCAGCAGGGCUGCGACAAAACUCUGUGAGAUGGCGACGGCGACGGCGACGGCGACAGCGAUGGAAGGAGAGGAAGUCCAUGAAAGUGUCUGGCUGAUUCUCCACAGUGAGGAGAACUCAGCUCCCAUUGUCUGACUUCUAUAAUACAUAACAUCUUAUCGUCUGCAUAGAUCACCACCUACAGCACAACACUGACGAUGAUUUUACACUCUGAG